GGCAGAGCACACUCAGAGAAUAAUAUUCAUCAUCAAGCUCAUCCUGUCAAGCAUCAAGAUGACUGACAAAUUGGGAAAAACUUGUUUAUUUUUAUUUACAAUUUUCACUGUAACAACAGCAAGUUAUAUCAAGCAUUCAAGACAUCAUCGGGAUUUUACAGGUGGAACGAAUGAAAUAACAGUAAUAACAACAACAAUUGGAAGUAUAGUUGAUUAUACGCACAAUGAUGUAAAUGAAUCAACAUCAGUAUUGUCAAUUGAACAGACUAUCAAACGAAAUCCUUGUUUAGACAAAUAUUGUGGAGCCGGAAGAAGAUGCAAAUUAUCACCUGAUAACAGUGUUGCACUUUGUGUUUGCAUUAAAAAAUGUGGAAUGAGACAUCGAGCUGUUUGUGGCAGUGAUGGUAAUGUCUAUGCGAAUCAUUGUGAACUGCACAGGGCUGCUUGUAACAAGGGAAUACCAUUAACUGUUAGCAGAUUAAUGAGAUGUCUUCAUCAAGAUGAACACGGAGAAACACCAAAGGUACUGCCAGUUGGUGAAGCAACAUCACCAACUUUUAGUUCAAAAAAUCAAUAUGACAAAGAUGAUGAUAAAAGUAACAUGAUUGACAGUGAAACUUAUGAUCUAGAAGAUUGUUCUGCUCAAGAGUACGAAAUUAUGAAGGACAAUCUAUUGUUAUACAAUCAUGCUCGAUUGAUGACUCAGGAUAAUCAUAGCAAAGAAUAUCUUGUUAGCAUUAUGUUUUCACAUUAUGAUCAGAACAACAAUGGAAAUCUUGAACGUGAAGAACUUGAACAGAUUGCAGAACGAGAAGACUUGGAACAAUUAAGCAAAGGCUGCUCUCUCGGACACAUGAUAAGUUACGACGAUGCUGACAAAGACGGACGUCUCAACAUCAAUGAAUUUUACAUGGCAUUUAGCAAACUCUACAGUGUAUCAGUCGUUUCGCUCGAUAAAUCACUUGAAAUAAAUCACAUUUCUGCUCGUGUUGGUGACAAUGUUGAGAUUAAAUGUGAUGUAACUGGUACACCAUUACCUCCAAUCGUCUGGCGACGUAAUGAUGCUGAUCUCGAGGCACUUGGUGAACCAGAUGUUCGUGUAUUUAAUGAUGGAAGUUUGUAUCUCACUAGGGUACAAUUAAUUCAUGCUGGCAAUUAUACUUGUCAUGCAUUGAGAAAUAAAGAUGUUGUUCAAACCCACAUGCUAACCAUUCACACAAUACCAGAAGUCAGAGUUACACCAAGAUUACAAUCAAAACGUCCACGUGAAGAAGCAACAAUGUCAUGCAAUGUUGUUGGUGAACCACUGCCACAUGUUGAAUGGUUAAAAAAUGAUGAACCACUGAUGAACCAUGAAAUAGACAAAUAUGUUAUAAUUGGUAAUGGAACAAAAUUAAUUAUAAAAAAUAUUGGUUAUGCUGAUACUGGUGCAUACAUGUGUCAAGCGACAAGUAUCGGUGGUCUAACAAGAGAUAUUAGUAGUCUCGUUAUACAAGAACAACCAACACCAACAGCAGCUAAUGAGGAAAGAAGAUUUUUUUCAUUUCAUGAAUGGGGUAUAUCUGUUUAUGAACCAUCAACAUGUCGUUUAUAUCAUCAAAUUGGAUCAACCGACAUUAUACCAGGAACACAGGAAUAUGUUUGUGGUGAGAAGGGAAUAUCUUGCAGCUGGGGUCGUGCAAUUAAUGUUGCAAAUCGUUAUGUCUAUGUAACACAGCCAGAAAAAGACAGAGUAUUGGUUAUCAGUAAAAUUCAGAUGGUCGUUGUUGACGUUGUCACAACAGAUAAAUAUCCAGUUGAAUUACAAUACGUACCAGCAUUGGAUCAAGUAUGGGUAUUAAAUUGGCGUUCAGAACGUGAUAUUGGUAUUAAGACAAUACAAGUUAUAAGGGAUGCUGCACAGAAACGGAAACAUCAUACAGUACAUCCAGAACCAAUUGAUGGACAGUUUGAUCUUGUUCGUGGUUUAUACAUUCCACAUUCACAGGAUAUUGGACAGAUGUUCAAAUACGGAUAUGUCACUCAUACCAAUCAACGAGGAAUGUAUAAACUUGAUUUAGCGAAUAUGAGAUAUACAAGAAGUGCUGAUCUUGCACCUUAUAAUUGUGUACCAAUUAAUAUACAAUUUCCUGCUUUAUAUAGUUUUGUUAUUCUCGAGUGUGAAGAACCAGUAACUGGAAAACCAUCAGGUCAAUUAUUGUUAGAUUAUUUAACUGACACUGUGCUAUCACACAAACCUGAACUAAUUGGACGACCAAUGGUAUCACCAGAUUCACGUCAUGUUGUAACAUUAGAUAAACAACAGUCUGGUGUUACACUUGUCGUACAAGAAAUAUUACCAAAUGGACUUAAAUUUUCAUUUGAUGUUAAAACCACAUUGAACAUAAGUGACAUGACAUUUUAUCCAUCACAAACAACUCAUGGAUAUGAUCUUUAUGCAUCAUCAACAGACAAAGAUGAUAUUUUAUUUCUUAAUUUAUCUACCGGAAAAGUUGAAAUGAUAACAGGAGUUGGAAAAGCAAUGCCAGUUAAUUUAACAAAAUGGAAAAAUCCAAAUCGACCAAUUGUACAAAGUGGAAUAUUUGGUAGAUAUAUGGUAAGUCCAUCGACAGAAGCACUAUUUGUAUUAAAUGGCGAAACACGAACAGUUAAUUGUGAAAUUGGUGGUUUGGUACAUCCUGGUGCAAUUGUAUGGUUCACAGUGACACUUCAUUGAAUAAUUUUUUUUAAAAAAAAACAGUAAAAGUUUUCGAAACAAUUUUGUAAAAAUUACUAAUUUCUCUGAUACAAUAAAACAUUUAAAAUAUCAAAUAAAUUGAAAAAAUUAUAAAUAAAAAAAUUAUAUUAUAUAUUUAAUUUGUGGAAAAAUUGAUAAACAAUAAUUAUAUCUAUGAUAAACUUUUACGAGAAUAAAUAAAUAAUAAAAAAAAAAAUUAUUUUAAAUAACAAAGUGCCCUCGUAAUGUCUUUUCAAAAAAAUAAAUAAAAUAAAAUAAAAUAACUAUUAGAAUUAUUAAUUAAUGUGAAAAAAAAAUGAUUAUUAUUAUUCAUAGAGAAAUUUGACACAAUAAAACAAAUUAAAUUAACGAGGAUGUGUUUUUUUUUUCACUUGGAAAAAAAAAAAUUAUAAAAAUAUAUGAAUAAAAUCAUUCAUGAUUGUUGAACAUUUGUUCGUAAAAUAUCAUUCUCAUAUUAAUUGUAAAGACUCACAGUUAACAAUAAUUAGUGAUAUGUUAAUAAUAAUACAUAAUAUUAAUGAUAAAAAAAAAAUAUUGUUACGUAAUAUUGUAAAGUGUGUGAAAGUAGAAUUUUUUAUAAAAAAGAUUUACCAAAAAAAAAGCUAUUGAAAAAAAAAAUUCUCCCAUACAAAAUUUUGUUUAAAUAAUCAAUCAUACCACAAAUCAUAAAAAUAACAUGAAUAAUUUCUCAAAAUAUUAUUAAUAAAUAAUAAAAAUUCUGUAAAAUUAGAUUUAAAAAAUUAUAAUAAAAAUGAAGAUAUUAAAAAUAUUUAUAUUUAUAACGGAAAAAUGGAUACCGGUAUGAUAUCGAUUUAAUUAUAAAUAAAUUGUAUAAGAAUUGGAAAAACAAAAUUGUGAGAUUGUCUAUUAUCCUCCUCGUAAUUUCAAUUGUUUAUUAUUUUUUCAAUAAAAAUUUAUGUUCCAAAGAUAGUUUAAUUUAGUUUUAAAUUUUUAAUGAGAGUUUGAACACAAUUUAAUUUUUUUAAUUAUGUCUAUAGAGUUGAUAAAAUUUCUCAACUAGAUUUAUCAAAUAUUUAUGCAUACUUUGUCAAAAUUUAAUGACGACUGCUUGUUCUGCUAGUUUAAAAAGCAUUUUUUGUUGAAAUUUAUAAAACUUAGCACGUGUGUAAAAUGAUGAGCAUAAAAAAGAAAAAUGAUUUUAAAUUUUUCAUAUAUACUUAUAUCCUUGAGUCUUAACAAUAUUCAUAAAAAUCUUAACUUAAAAAGAAAAAAUAGUUAUUUUAUCUUCUAGUUUAUAAACAAUCUAAUAUUAAUAUUUUUUAAGCAACCCAGUAUUAUGCAUUACCCAAAUUUAUUAUCAAAAUUCCUCACUAAUAAAAUUCUACAUUCGCAUGCGUUCGAACUCUCGUGAAAUUAAAAAAAAAUAUUAUAAAUAAAGCAAAACUAUUCAAGUAUCUAAAAAAAAAAAUUUUAUAAAAUUGUAAAUAAAUUAUUGGUUAAUUAGCGAUGAAAUAAAAAAUAUAAAUAUGCAUUAUGGACCCGCUGUAUUGAAGACAGCAAAAUAUUAUUAAUAUUUUAAAUGUCACAAAUAUAAUUUUAUUGAAAUUGAAAAAAAGAAAAAAAAUUCUGUUGCUUGAUAAAAAUUUAAACAAUUUGUAAAACAUUUUAAUCAUAAUUAGCACAUAAUGACACAACAAUAAUUAUUGUAUAUUUGUGUGAAUGUGUGUUUGUUAAUAUAACUCAUUGUAACAAUGAAAAAGACAACAUAAAUUAUUUAAUAAAAAUUAUUAAGUAAAAUUGUUAAAUAUUUAUUUCUAUAAAUAACGAUUCAUUUUUAAACUUUUUUUUUUUUCUAAUAAAUUACGUUUAUUUACUUUUGUCUUUCACAAUCAAUUUUAAUUUUUUUUUUUUGUUUUUUUUUCAUACACUGUACACCCCUUUCCCCUUAUAAGAAAA